CUUCCUCGUUACUAAAGGCGGUGAAAGGUGGAAGUGUAGCGUAAAGAGCGGUGGCAGGGCUACUCUCAGAAAGGCGAGAGGAAAGCCGAAGCGGAGUAGGGGGAGUGAGAAGAAGGAAUAGGUAACACAGAGAGCCAAGAGAAUGGAGAGACUGUUGGCGAAUUAACGGAGAAGAGAACAUAGGUGUCUGGAAAUGGCGGCGUCGCCUUGAGCUUCGUCGAACUUCGUCCUGCACCCAGUGGAUUUUAUACCUUUAUCAGAGUAUUAUGUGGAGUUGGAGGAGAAGUUUGAGUGGACUGCUGAUCAUGUUUCCUGUUUUAGUUGAUACGUUUAAUUAAUAUUUCGCUCUUGGUUUCCUGUUCGAGCAAAGAGAUGAAUUGUUUAUGCCUCAUGUGGUUUCUCGGUGUAGGGUUUUAGAGAUUUGUGGGGCUUUUCUUGAUAGAUUAUCAAUGAUGGAAUGGGGUAGUAAUUAAUACGGAUUGUGUUUUUCCGUGCUGAUUGCAUACUGACAGUAAUAUAGUGCUCUGAAUGGUGAAUGGGAAUUUUGGUGCUUGAUGUUGGAACUUGUAUGAAGUGGCUGUUGAGGGAGAUGAAAUUUUUUCUUUUUUUUUUAAUGCGCUGAGCUGUAAAAUUUGGCUGGUGGGAGACUGGACAAGAGAUUUUCAUAACAUUUGACGUAAAUACUGAAGAUGGCAGCUGAUUCCAACAUAGGCUUUGCGAAUGACUUUGAUCCUUCGCCGGAUUAUAAUUUCCGCGUGCUUUCUUUGCAAACUGAUGUGAUGAAUAGCACAGCCGAAAUGAAUUCUGGUGUCAUGUGUAGCUCAUCUGGGAAUAUUAUCGCACUUGAGAAUUUUCCAUCUGUAAGUCCAGAAAUUUUUGGUAAUUCGCCUGCAACUUUUAAUACCGGGACAUCAUUUGGCAGCAGUUGUCGACAAAGGGUUCGUGGUCUAAAGCAUGACGGUAGGUUGGCUGUGGAUUGGACAUAUGAAGAACAGAACAUCUUAAAUGAAGGACUUAUCAGGUGUGCAGGUGAAGGCCAUAUAAUGAAGUACGUCAAAAUAGCAGCUCUUUUGCCAAAUAAAAGCGCAAGGGAUGUGGCAUUAAGGAUUCGUUGGCUAGUUAAGCAUGAAAUUGCUAAACGCCAUAAGUUGGAAGAGCAUUUUACUGGCAAAAGAAUAAGGGAAAGGAAAGAGAAAAUGAUGCAUUCUUACUUAAGCAGAAAUGUGCAUAUUGUUCCCCCGAACAACACCUUAUUUUCUCCAAUGAUGCUUCAUGCAGACAGCAAGAAAAAAAAUUCUAGUGAAGUCACGCCUUGGGAAUCUUCAACAGAGCAACUCAUGGAUGAAACUAAUCAAACUCUUUGUAGGAUUGCAACUAAUCUUGACUUGUUGAAGUUGCAAGACAACAUUAAUCUUUUCUGUCACGCUAGAAACUGCAUCUUGUCUAUUUUAAACUGCAAGAGUUCUAUGCCUGGAAUAAUGAGACAGAUGCCUCCUCUGCCAAUUUCAUUAAAUGAAGAACUUCUCUAUUCAAUUUUGCUGAAUACUAGUCAGGUGCAGACAUAUAUGUGUGGAUCACGUAGCGACAGUGAUGUAAAGCAAAAAUCGAGUUGCAGCAGCAUUUUACAUGUAAGCAAUCCUCCGUAAAUGCCGUGGAAAUGGAAGAAGAUUUCUCCCUUCACACUUGAUCUUGCGUAGGCGGAACUUGCUUAUUUUAAUAAAGACAAACCAGUAAUGAUAGACCAGCCACUUGUGGUCGUAGAGUUUGCCCAUCUCGUGUAAUAUUUUGCGUGCGUGUGCUCUUGACUGUAGUCUUAAGCUUCUUUGUUAUUUAGUUUAUAGGAACAUUAAUUUUGUUGGAAUUAAUUAGCCGAAAUAGACGGCUCGCAGAAUGACAGUGGCACAAUCCAUAUCCUUCGCACUAAGAAUCUCUACUAAAUCAGAUUCUGUUAUCAAUUCAGAAAGUUCAUAUAAGUUAUUCUAAAGAAGUUGUUAUUCCAGAUUAGUCAUUCUGCCAAUGCAUUAGCCAUUUAGCUUACCAUUAUGGGAAUAUCUUCGCAGAAGUUUGUAAAACUUUACUAAACUGACAUCUACAUGAAAGCUUCCUUUUGUUAAUU